AUGGAGCAGCCGGGGAUGGACAGCGAUGCUGACUCAGUGGCUGGACUUGAUCCGGAACUCGCAGCCACAAUGGGCUUCUCAGGCUUUGGAAAGAAAGCUCGAACGUUUGACUUCAAUGCGAUGUUUGAACAAACUCGAAGAACUGCUGUGGAAAGAAGUAGGAAGAUUCUGGAAGAGCGUGAGAAAGAGGCAGCUCAAAAAGAAAAAGAUAUUGGAAGCCGACGUGAUAGUGUCAAUCUGACAACUGCCCCUUCACAUACGAUUGCGAGAAUACCUUCUGGGGGUUCAGAUAGUAGUGAAAGUGAAGCCAGUUCAGAUGAAGAAUUAAUUGGGCCACCUCUACCACCCCAAGGACCAGUGGAAGAAUCAGAAGAUGACGAACUCAUUGGACCACCCCUUCCUCCUGGGUACAAGGGCAGUGAGGAGGAAGAGGAGGAGGAGGAAGAAGAAGAUAACAUGCAGGAAGAAGAUGAGCAUCCUGUCAAGAAGAUUCCCGACUCACAUGAAAUUACACUGCACCAUGGAACAAAAACAGUCUCUGCUUUAGGGUUGGAUCCAUCAGGUGCGCGUUUGAUAACUGGAGGCUACGACUACGACGUUAGAUUUUGGGAUUUUGCUGGAAUGGAUGCUUCUCUUCAAGCUUUUCGGUCUCUGCAGCCAUGCGAAUGUCACCAGAUCAGGUCCCUGCAAUAUAGCAGCACAGGGGAUGUAAUUCUUGUGGUCUCCGGUAACUCUCAAGCCAAAGUCCUUGACCGAGAUGGCUUCCCCGUAAUGGAGUGUGUAAAAGGAGACCAAUAUAUCGUGGACAUGGCAAACACCAAGGGGCACACGGCAAUGCUUAAUUCAGGCUGUUGGCAUCCCAAAAUCAAGGAGGAGUUUUUGACGUGUUCCAAUGAUGGGACUGUGAGAACGUGGGAUGUUAACAAUGACAAAAAGCACAAAGGCGUAUUUAAACCACGGUCAGCUCAAGGUAAACGAGUGAUUCCCACAAGCUGCACCUACAACAGAGAUGGAAAACUCAUAGCCGCGGGCUGCCAGGAUGGGUCCAUCCAGAUCUGGGAUAGGAAUAUGAAUGUUCAUACCAAGUUCCACUGCAGGCAGGCACAUGCUGCAGGCACUGACACUUCAUGCUUGACAUUUUCCUACGACGGCACUGCUCUCGCCAGUCGAGGGGGAGACGAUACCUUAAAAAUAUGGGAUGUCAGGAAAUUUAAAACACCUCUUAACUCAGUCGCAGGUCUGCCUAGCUUCUUCCCCAUGACAGACUGCUGUUUCAGCCCAGAUGAUAAAUUACUUGUUACUGGUACUUCUGUUAAGAAAGGCGGCGGCCAUGGAAAACUUAUUUUCUUUGAGCGAGAAACAUUUAAGAAAGUGUAUGAAAUAGAUGUCACAGAUGCGAGUGUCGUCCGUUGUCUCUGGCACCCCAAGCUGAACCAAAUCAUGGUUGGUACAGGAAACGGAUUAGCUAAAGUAUACUACGAUCCCAUCAAAAGUCAAAGAGGAGCAAAAUUAUGUGUUGUGAAGACAAAAAGAAAAGAGAGGCAAGCAGAGACUCUCACACAGGAUUAUAUUAUAACACCUCACGCACUUCCAAUGUUUCGCGAACCACGCCAGAGAAGUACAAGAAAGCAGCUGGAAAAGGAUCGGCUGGAUCCCAUGAAAUCUCACAAGCCUGAACCUCCAGUAGCAGGACCAGGUCGCGGUGGCCGUGUCGGAACUCAUGGCGGAACCCUGUCUUCAUACAUUGUCAAAAAUAUUGCCCUGGAUAAGACUGAUGAUAGCAACCCCCGGGAGGCCAUUUUACGACAUGCCAAGGAAGCGGAGGAGAACCCUUACUGGGUUGCCCCAGCAUAUUCAAAGACUCAACCGACAGCCGUUUUUGCUGAAGUAGAAUCUGACGAAGAUGAAACAGAUGACAAGCCAGAAUGGAAAAAACGUAAAAUUUGAAGAAUUUGAAUUGGAGGAGGCUCAGAAGAGAGCUGGAAUUAAGCUGAAUUAUUUUUCCUUAUGCAAGAGAAAACAAAUUUCUGCAAGCAAAAUGGCUUUCAUGCACAGGGCUUGAAAGAACACCACUGUAAAGAAAACUAGAAUCGCUUAGCAAUUUAUCUGCAUUUUGUAAACAGAGUUCAUAAAUAAAAGCUUAUUUUUUAAA